AUGGCGCACAUAUUAAAGACGCUCAACAGCUGGUUCUGGUGGGAGAAUAUCUGGAUGCCUGUCAAUGUCACGUGGGCACAUUUCGUAGACCGUGAUGGACUUGUCUUUCCAAAACCACAUCAAUUAUAUGCCACAAUACCAUAUGCUUUUGUUCUGCUGAUUAUCCGAUUCCUCAGUGAAAGAUAUGUUGCUAUACCUCUAGCAAAAGCCUUGGGUAUAAAGAAUGCAAGACGUGUGAAGCCACAGCCUAAUCCUGUUUUAGAGAGUUAUUUCCGGGAGUGCUCAAGACAUCCAUCCCAAUCGGAGAUCCAAGGCCUUGCCAAAAAGUGCAACUGUACUGUCCAUUUGGUGGAAAAGUGGUUUAGGAGACGGCGAAACCUUGAGAUCCCAACAGUGCUUCGGAAAUUCCAGGAAGCUUUCUGGCGAUUUUCAUUCUAUCUUACAUCCUCCAUUGCUGGAUUUAUAUUUCUGUAUGAUAAACCUUGGUUUUAUGACAUAUGGCAGACGUGGGUUGGCUAUCCGUUUCAGACUUUGCUGCCAUCCCAGUACUGGUACUACAUGGCUGAGAUUGGUUUUUACUGGUCUCUCUUAUUUACACUUGGGAUCGACAACAAAAGGAAGGAUUUUCUGGCUCACGUCGUUCAUCACUUGGCAGCCAUUGGGUUGAUGAGUGGCUCUUGGUGUGGCAAUUACGUGCGUCUUGGAACAUUGGUGAUGUUUGUGCACGAUACUGCAGAUUUCUGGCUUGAGGCAGCCAAAAUGUUUAAUUACGCUCACUGGGAGAAAACCUGCAAUAUACUCUUUAUCAUCUUUUCUAUCGUGUUCUUCAUCACGAGAAUCAUCCUGUUCCCUUUCUGGAUUCUUCGUGCCACGUUGUAUCAGCCUACAUACUACUCCACAACUCCUGUCAUAGCAUAUUUUUUAUUCAAUGGGCAACUAUUGAUCCUUCAAGGCUUGCAUUUAUAUUGGGGUUACUUAAUUUUCAAGAUUUUGAAAAGAUUCAUUUUCUUAAAGGACUUGAAAGAUGACCGGAGCGAUGAAGAGGAGGAAGAUUCUGUUACAGAUAAUGAAGAAGAGUCCACAAAGAAUGGCAGCAAGAACGGCUGUGGGUCAAGCAAACAUCUCCUAAACAGCAGUCACCACUAGCCUCCUCCUGCCUCGCCUCCUGCUGUGAUUUCUGCUCUGGUUUUAACCCAACCUACAGGAUAGAAUUUAAGUCAAAAGGCUUAUGAGAGGCUGUGAUUGAUUUAUUGUUGGCUACUGGACCUGGAAAAAAGCCCAGGUUAGAGGGGAGGGAAAAAUUGCAUAACAUGACAAAAUGUGUUAAUGACCCACUUUCUGAAUCGUCGCUGAGUGUUUGGAAAGACGUUUGGACACACUGACUGCCAGUGCUCAACGAGGUCAAAGCUCAAGAGCGUCAGAUCAUUUAGUGUUCCG